CGUCAAGGCGGGACUUCGAAGAGGGGAGAUACUUGCUUGGAACGGGCUCCGCUGGGACGCGCCUGAUGCCUGAGGCGUGAUUAGGCAGCAGAUCACGGGACUGUAAUUUACGCUGUAAGAGAGUACAAUACAAGUGUAACGAUGACUGAUCAUCUGACUGUUGCCAAGUCCGCUUUGCCAAGACCGGCCCUAAAUAGUAUGCGGAGAAGGACCUUCCGGAAUCGGGAAAACCCCACGCCGAUGCAGCAAAACCAUGUUUCCCAUUACGGCAUGGAAAAGAUCAAGACUCACAGCCAAGUCUCUAAAGCGUUUCACGGCCACAGUCGCAUCCCCGCUCAGAGCAGGUCAAUUUCUUUUUUUGACGCAUUCUGGACCACUCAUUCACCGUCUGCUGAGUUUGUGCGCUGUGGAAGUGCGUUGUUCGGUCAGCGGUGCGAGGGCAAAAAAAAGUGGCGCUCAUGACGUCCUUUUAUACAGCAAUUUGCUAUUUCGGUUGAUCCUCAAUAUUGAGCGUUAUGUUGCUGCAGAACGAACUAUAUAUUAGCCACGGCCCAAUUCUGUCUUUCGUUAAUCCUUUUUCCUCGAAUUGUGCAAAUACGAUCAGAUUUAUCUGCGAACAAGUACCGAACUGAUUUACCG